UCCCCUCUUCCCCCCGACACACCACAGCCCCACGGCAACGUCGGUGAACGAUCCACCGGCGAUCCUCCCGAGCUAAGCAGACCUACUUUUGGUUUUGGAAGUAAACGGAGUAGCAGCACACAAAUCAAGCAAAGCCGCGUCCUGAACCCCACUGUCCCCUCCCCCUCGUUAUAGCUCACUCUCACUCCAACCCUCACCACUCGCCAGCUCGACUCCACCCCACUCCACCCCGCCCGCGCGCACGGGGAGCUAGGCCGUACAGUACGCGAGCCCGUGAGCGAGCAGACUACGGACUAAAUGCCGCACCCGUCGUCGUCAUCGUCUUCCUCGGCCAAUGUGGACGCGGCCGCCAAGGGCGUCAAGCUCGAGCGGUACGCCAGCGGCGGCGGCGCGCUGCUGAUGCGGCGCGCGGGGAGCUCCAAGAUCGUGGCGGCGUCCUCGCACCUCCUUUUCCGCGCCACCGUCCUCGCCACGCUCGCGCUCGUCUGCCUCUUCGCCGUGCACUACCCUACCCUCCUCUCCCGCUCCUUCCGGCUCUCCGCCGCCUCCUCCCCGCCGCGGCCGACGUCACGGCACCGGAACCUGCUCGGGUCUUCGUCGGCGUACGCGGGCGCGGCGUGGGAGCGUGAGGUGCGGCGGAGCGCCACGCCGCGGCGGGACGGAGGUAUGUCGGUGCUGGUCACGGGCGCCGCGGGGUUCGUGGGCGCGCACUGCGCGCUGGCGCUCAGGGCGCGCGGCGACGGCGUGCUCGGCCUCGACAACUUCAACGCGUACUACGAACCGGCCCUGAAGCGCGCGCGGCAGCGGCUGCUCGCGUCGCGCGGGGUGGUGGUGCUCGGCGCCGACAUCAACGACGCGGCCCUGCUCGAGCGGCUCUUCGCCGCCGUGCCCUUCACGCACGUGCUGCACCUCGCCGCGCAGGCCGGCGUGCGGUACGCGAUGCGGGCGCCGCAGGCGUACGUGGCCUCCAACGUCGCUGGUCUCGUCAGCGUCUUCGAGGCCGCCGCCAGGCACGCCGACCCGCAGCCGGCGAUCGUGUGGGCGUCGUCGUCAUCGGUGUACGGGCUCAACACCGACGCGCCGUUUUCCGAGGACCACCGCACGGACCGGCCGGCGUCGCUGUACGCGGCCACCAAGAAGGCCGGGGAGGCCAUUUCGCACGCGUACAACCACAUCUACGGUCUCUCCAUCACCGGCCUCCGGUUCUUCACGGUGUACGGUCCGUGGGGACGCCCCGACAUGGCUUACUUCUCCUUCGCCCGCAGCAUCGUCGCCGGCGAGCCUAUCACGCUCUUCCGCGCCGCCGACGGCAGCGAAGUCCGCCGCGACUUCACCUACAUCGACGACGUCGUCAAGGGUUGCCUCGGCGCGCUCGACACGGCCGGCAAGAGCACGGGCUCCAAGUCCGGCAAGAAGCGCGGGCCGGCGCCACUCCGCGUCUACAACCUCGGCAACACCUCUCCGGUGGCGGUCACUCGCAUGGUCGCCAUCCUCGAGAAGCUACUCGGCAAGAAAGCGAACAAGCGCGUCGUCACCAUGCCGAGCAACGGCGACGUGCCGUUCACGCACGCCAACGUCAGCCACGCCGCGCGCGACUUCGGAUACCACCCCACCACCUCACUCGACGCCGGCCUGCGGAAGUUCGUCGAAUGGUUCCUCCAGUACUACAAGAUCGACCCCGCGAAGCUCGCCAAGGGCAGCAGAGCCGGUACCGGCGGCGGCAAGACUAGCAAGAAGAAAUCCGUGGGCGCCAUGUCCGCGGCGUCGUGAGGAGAGCGCGCGCGACGCGUGUCUCCCGGCCCGGAUGUCCAGUUCACCAAGUGUGCAUUCUGUUCUCCUUGGAGGCUGGCGGUUGUCUUGCACAACUUUGUGAGUGCAUCCCCAUUGUUUAAGCCAUUGUUGCUGCUCUUUUUCCUUCAUGAUGCAACCAUGCUGGAGCUCUGUGGGAAGGGAUCGUGGAGGUGGCAAGGCAAAGGAGAAGCGAUUCUUUCUUCAUAGCAUAAGCAAAACUAAACUAUUUAGGGAAAAAGGAUGGGGGGUAUAGGUAAGAUGACAUGAGCCGUGCAAAGGGGCAAGGAGAACACGAUAAAGAUGAAGUCCUGGGCUUCCUUUCCGGACGGUUCAGAUUGUUUUUAGUCAGUUUCUUCUUUGUUUUGUCAGUCACUGUCCUGUUCUUGCUCAUUUGUUUAAUUGAUCUUGUGCUUUGUGAAAAUGUGAACAGUUAUGUAGUAUUCACGACGACAAAAGCACGAGAUGCUGUAGUGGAUGAAAAAGUCCGUGCGAGCAGCUGCAGUUUUCCAGAUUGCUAAAGAUAUUUUUUUAAAUCUUGGUUGACGGUGGAUUUGGUGCAAUGUAUUUCAUCAGAUAUAUAAACCUGCCCGAUUCAUGGUUUUUGUUCUCUGAACAAAACCAUGUUGUUGCA